UAAAGGCUUCGGGAUGACCACGUCCGACGUUUCCGUCAUCUUCUGAUCCUGCGAGAACGCCUCUAUCCAUUUCCUCAAUGCUGUCGAGCCCGACGACGUCCAACUGGCUUCGAGCGUCACCUCUUGAGUCCCUUAUAACGCGCUCCUGCGAUCCCUCAUUACCAGAACCGAACUAUGCUCUCCAUAUCGAGGUUGCCAAUUAUAUCAAUACUAAGAAGGCCAAUACGCCCCGGGAAGCAGCGAUGCUCACAGCGCGCCUCGCGAACAAUCGUAAUCCACAUAUUGCCAUCCUCGCUCUCGCCCUGUUAGAUACCCUGGUACAAUCAUGCGGAUACCCUUUUCACCUCCAAAUAUCCUACCAAGGACGACCGCCUCCGUUCCCUGGUCCGGUCAUGUCUCGGAUUCUCGAGCUCCUGCACUCGUGGAAAGAGGGUAUCUGUGUGGAAUCGAGCUGCAAGGAACUUAUCCGUAGAGGGACGCCUAGAGAUCUCGCUGCUGCUCAGGAGCUCAUGAAAUCUCUCGCGGGGGCAAAUCCUGAUGCUAAACCGGAUUACAAGACACAAGCUUUGACUGAUCUCAAUAAGCUUGAAUCCAAGGUUAUCCUACUGAAUGAGAUGCUUGAUAAUGUGGAUACGGAGAGGGGGGAGAGGAUUGUCUCUGGCGACGUGUACGAGCAAGUAGCUUCGAUACUAACCGCUGCUAGGCCGAAAAUACAGAAAUGGAUAUCGGAUGCAGAGACCCAUGAUCCAGAAUCCUGGAUAAAUGAUCAAAUAAACACCGCACUGGACCGUUAUGAGGCCUACAAAAAGGAGACUACGCCACUGCUGCCAAUCCCAUACCCACCUGAACUAUCUUCUACCCGUAAUGAUCCAUCAAGCAGUAGCGCCCCAACGGCAUCUGGUCCAGAUGACCUUGCUGGGCUCUUCGGUUCCGUCCAACCUCAGCCCCAGCCUCAGCCUUUCGCUCAGCACUUCAAUAAUGGUUCGACGGGGACGGGGAUGGGACAAGGGCUUGGUAUUUCACAUCCUGCAUCUCAACAGAUGUUUGCCUCGCAGCAGUCAUCCUUUAGCCUGCCACAACAGUCGUUUAACCCUCCACAACAAUCAUUCAGCCCACCGCAACAAUCGUUCAGUCCACCACAGCGAGCAUUUGCUCCGAUACAAGGUAGCAUGCAGCAGACACUCCAAGCCUCCCCGUAUCAGCAACAACAAUUCCAGCAGCCAUCACAGCCCCAUCAACCGCAACCGCAGCAGCAGCAGAGCAACCAGACCCAAGGGAAGGAUCCUUUUGAUGAUCUUGUUGGAUUGUUCUAGUUUUUACAUGGUGGUGGGAUAACAGAGCUAUUGAUUACUAUUGUAAUAUUGUUGGUGGUUUUAUUUUACUUAUGGAAAACGCAGUGAAAGUGUACCGGAAUAGAGUAAUAAGAGUGAAACGUACCGGCUAAGUAGUACAAUUUAUCACGCUCUUAUUGCCGGGGGUAUUUAUAUCCUUCCGGAACUC